AUGCCUCCCCGUAUACCCGCUCGACCAAACCUCGAAGUGGUCAAACUAUCAUUCCUCCUACCAUGGACGAGUAAACGAACCACCAAUCCUUUUCCCUCUGAAGGGAGGUCAACUCAUGCUGAAUCCAGUACAAUGGCUUCCGCUCGGAUGUCUCCCCUUACCCCACCCCGCCCAUUGACAAUUCGGAAAUCACUGAUACAUCAUCAUCUCUCACUUCCAAAUCCACCUGCAGCAUCUCGUCUCCUCACUCUACUCCAAGCUGAUAGAAGAGAAUUGACUAUAUCUUCCGGAAUGGCGUUAUCAAGCUACGCAAUUCGAAUAGGUGAUUAUAAAACAUACAGAGGGAUCUGGAGAUUGAUGGGUGAAAGACGAAUUGCACCAAUGAAAAUCGUCAUUCAGAAGUUAUCGCAAACCCUUCCUUCACUGAACAAAACAUCUGAGAAUGAAGGGGCGACUCAUUCGGAAAAGAAUACUGGUAGAAUAAAAUACAGAUAUAGAGUAAAUAGAUGGUCUGAAAAGAUGUUUCCUCCUUUACCUACUUUAUCUUCAUCAACCUAUUCAACCCAACAUCUUCUCCAACAUCUACAUUACCUGAUAUUGGAAGGUAAUCCACCUGACUUCAUUGGUGCUUUAGAGUUAAGCAAGGCAUCUCACGAUUGGUCACACACCGAUUCUUUGGAACUGCUCAAUCUAUAUCUCGCAUACGUGAAGAAAUUACCUAGUUCAGGAGAGAAAAUAGAUGGACUAGAGUUAGUCGAUAUCUACUUGAAUGAUACAAAGGGUAAAGUGAAUAAACAAACUUUACAUCUCAUCAUCAAAUCGUUAUUACCAUCAUCAAUCAACAAACAUCAACACCAGAAGAAAAACUUGGAUAUAUCGACAAACCAAAUCCUAGCUACAAUCUCCCAUUUCGUCGCAUACCACUCAAUCACCCCUGGUGCAGAAACAUUCCGCCUUUUAGCUAAAUUCGCGUAUAACUACCAACUGCACGAACUGGGUCAUCUAGCUUUGGCAGGAUGGAACGAUUCGAUAUCUCAAUUACGGAAUGAGGUAUACACGCUGGAUCUCAAUGACCCCUCGGAAAGUGGGGAUGGUAAAAUCAGAUUUAGGAGGAUAGGAAGUAUCAAGAAGAGAUGGAGUGGGGUAUUGAAAUCGUACGAGGAAUUAGGUUGGGUCAUUAGAACAGAACAAGUACAAGGACUGGAUGGGUAUGUCUGGUUGGGCGAGAAAGGUGUGACGUUGAAGGAAGAGUUGAAGGUGAAAGAUGGUGUAGAAGCGGAAGCGGAAUUGGAAGUGGUCAAGCCCAUUCCGGAAGUCCAGUCAAUACUACACGUUAGAGAAGAGAAGUGCGAAGUAUUGGCACAAAUCUCUGAAAUUCCAAGUAAAAUCGAAAUGGUCGGCGAAACCCUAGAUUCCAUUGACAAUCAUCAAUCCAAUGAAACUCAUAAACCACCAUAUUUCGUUAUUAUACGCGAUGGAUCCACCAUCAAAAUACGAUCAAAGUCGAGACCGAAAGACGAGCAAGGUGUAUACGAACUGGAGGAUGAUAAACCUGUAUGGGAGUGA